AUGAUUUCACAGAUCACCAUGAAGAGGCGUUCAGUCCUCUAUAUCGUCAACUUCAUUCUGCCCAUCCUGUUCUUCUUGUGCCUGGACUUGGCCUCCUUCCUGAUCUCAGAAAACAGCGGUGAAAAGCUCAGCUUCAAGGUCACUGUGCUUCUGGCUGUCACAGUGAUGCAGCUGAUCAUGAAUGAAAUCCUGCCUUCCUCCUCAGACACGAUUCCCCUUAUAGAUGAGUCUAAGUGUACGCACGCGGCUAUUAUAAACGAACUGAAUUUGACCGACAAAGUCAUGUUCAGCUAUACCCGGCCCGCUAAAAACUACAGUAAACCCACUGAAGUAUUCCUGGAUGUACAUCUAUAUGCUAUUCUAGAUAUAAGAGACAAGGAACAGGAACUUGUUACUCACAUUUGGGUAAAUAAGAUUUGGCGUAAUCCCUUGAUCUCUUGGGAUUCUGAUGAAUACUGUGGUAUUCCCUUGGUUUAUUAUCCUGCUGAACGAUUGUGGAACCCGGAUAUAAUGAUUGACGAGAUGACAGAAAAAGAUAAGGCCACACAGAUUUCUUAUCUCGCCAUAUAUAAUACUGGUUAUGUGUUUCUAAGGAAUGGCAUGGUGUUGGUCAGCACCUGCAAGAUGCAGUUUUACAAAUUUCCUUUUGACAUUCAGAGCUGCAACCUUACCUUCAAGUCGAUCUCAAUGUCAGCACGGGAUUUAAAGCUAAGUCCAUAUAAGUUUCCAGGUAUGGAUGGGCUGUCUCAAGAAGCGUUGCAGUAUGAGUGGCUCCCUAUGAACAUCACAGUAAGAAGUGAAGUGGUCAAAAACUAUGGCAUCUCGUCAAGCAUAGUUGUCUACACAAUCACCAUGAAGAGGCGUUCAGUCCUCUAUGCUGUAAACUUCAUCCUGCCCACCCUGUUCUUCUUUUGUCUGGACUUGGCCUCCUUCCUGAUCUUAGACAGUGGGGGUGAGAAGCUCAGCUUCAAGGUCACUGUGCUGCUGGCUGUCACAGUUAUGCAGCUGAUUCUGAAUGAUAUCCUGCCUUCGUCUUCAGACAGGAUUCCUCUUAUAGCGGUCUAUUGUAUCGGGGUUUUUGGCUUGAUGAUGACGAGCCUCUUGGAGACAAUUUUGGUGAUGUAUCUGAUGCAAAAAGACAAAGAGGCAGAUAAACAGCAACGCCUGAAUGAGGACAGCAUGGAGAAGCGAGGACAUUUUCAAAACUGCUUUAGAGACAUGGACGAGGAAUGA